UAUGUUUAGCCAAUUUUCCGAAAAAUUGCAAUUCACCCCCAUUCUAUUCCCCGACCUCUUCUAUUACGAUUUUACAAUUACGCACACUCUUGAGUCUUGACACUCCCUCGUCCCUCCAUAGGAAGAACCCUAAUCAGGCCAACUCCGUUCUUCAUCCAAUCAAAUUACCAGGUGUGAGAAAGAAAUUAACAAGUUGCAGAAAAUGGCUGCCAAAGAAGAUGUAAAGCAUCUUGAAGAAUGCUCUGUUUCCAAUGCAUUAGGAACGUGGGUUUUCUCCGUACUGGGUGCUUUGGUUGCUAUUCCUGUCGGAAUAAAGAGGAAGUCUCUUGCACCACUUGUAUUCUUCGGUACAACAGGCACGAUGUUGGACAUCAUAAUGGGAAUUAGUGCUUGUGAAAGAGAACAUGCAGAACGUCAAAUGAAGCUAUUGGAAGCACAAAAUCCUGCCUCUGAUGCUGAUGCUAAUGCCAAUGCUGAUGCUAAUGCUAAUGCUAAUGCUGAUGCUGUUGUACUAGAAUGAAACUAACACUUCCCUUUUGUUCUUUUGAUGACCCAACGGCCAAGAGGUAAACAUUAAUUGUAUCUUGCUAUCUUCUAACCAGCGAAUGUUUAGUUGGGAGGAAAAUAUUUUCCAGGUCAAUUGGUUUUCCAAUCUCCUUUGUUUGAUUUGUAAAGAGUGGAUUAUAGUUCUGCAAGGAUUGAAAUUAAUUUCCAUUUUUGAAGGAUGGAAUGUUAAACUUU